UCGAGGGGACUCACCUGCUGCAGGUGCCCGGGGCGGACCUGACCUGGACGAGCGAGGACGGGCGCAGGGCCGGCCACUGGGGGGACGAUGCAGCAGGAGCGGACCGUGCGGCUGCAGUACGGGAGCCGCGUGGAGGCGGUGUACGUGCUGGGCACGCACCUCUGGACCGAUGUCUACAGUGCGGCCCCUGCCGAGGCCCAGACCUUCAGCCUGAAGCACUCAGAGCGCGUGCGGGUAGAGGUGGUGCGUGACGGGCAGGCCGAGGAGGUGGCCGCCAACGGCAAACAGCGCUGGCUUCUGUCGCCCAGCACCACGCUGCGGGUCACUAUGAGCCAGGCCAGCACCGAGGCCAGCAGCGACAAGGUCACCGUCAACUACUACGAGGAGGAGGGGAGCAUGCCCAUUGACCAGGCUGGGCUCUUCCUCACGGCCAUCGAGAUCUCCCUGGAUGUGGACGCAGACCGGGACGGCGUGGUGGAGAAGAACAACCCAAGAAAGGCAUCCUGGACCUGGGGCCCUGAGGGCCAGGGGGCCAUCCUGCUGGUGAACUGUGAUCGAGACACGCCCUGGUUGCCCAAGGAGGAUUUGAACGACGAGAAGGUCUACAGCAAGGAAGACCUCAAGGACAUGUCCCAGAUGAUCCUGCGGACCAAAGGCCCAGACCGCCUCCCCGUGGGAUAUGAGAUCGUUCUCUACAUUUCCAUGACAGACUCGGACAAAGUGGGCGUGUUCUACGUGGAGAACCCUUUCUUCGGCCAGCGUUACAUCCACAUCCUGGGCCGACGGAAGCUCUACCACGUGGUCAAGUACACGGGCGGCUCCGCAGAGCUGCUGUUCUUUGUGGAAGGCCUGCGUUUUCCCGACGAGGGCUUCCCGGGCCUGGUGUCCAUCCACGUCAGCCUGCUGGAGUACAUGGCCGAGGAGAUUCCCCUGACACCUAUCUUCACGGACACUGUGGUGUUCCGGAUUGCUCCGUGGAUCAUGACCCCCAACAUCCUGCCUCCCUUGUCAGUGUUCGUGUGCUGCAUGAAGGACAAUUACUUGUUCCUGAAAGAGGUGAAGAACCUGGUUGAGAAAACCAACUGUGAACUAAAGGUCUGCUUCCAGUAUGUGAAUCGAGGCGACCGCUGGAUCCAGGAUGAAGUUGAGUUUGGCUACAUAGAGGCCCCCCAUAAAGGCUUCCCCGUGGUACUGGACUCCCCCCGAGAUGGAUACCUGAAGGACUUCCCAAUGAAGCAGCUUCUGGGCCCAGAUUUCGGCUACGUGACCCGGGAGCCCCUCUAUGAGCCUGUUACCAGCCUCGAUUCCUUUGGGAACCUGGAGGUCAGUCCACCAGUGACUGUCAACGGCAAGACAUACCCCCUGGGCCGGAUCCUCAUCGGAAGCAGCUUUCCUCUGUCCGGUGGUCGGAGGAUGACCAAGGUGGUGCGGGACUUCCUACAAGCCCAGCAGGUGCAGGCACCCGUGGAGCUCUACUCAGACUGGCUGACCGUGGGCCACGUCGAUGAGUUCAUGACCUUCGUCCCCAUCCCAGGCACAAAGCAAUUCCGGCUGCUCAUGGCCAGUACCUCUGCCUGCUACAAGCUCUUCCGAGAGAAGCAGAGGGAGGGCCACGGGGAGGCCAUCAUGUUCAAAGGCUUGGGCGGGAUGAGCAGCAAGCGAAUCACUAUCAACAAGAUUCUGUCCAGCGAGAGUCUCGUGCAAGAGAACCAGUACUUCCAGCGCUGCCUGGACUGGAACCGUGACAUCCUCAAGAAGGAGCUGGGGCUGACAGAGCAGGACAUCAUCGAUCUGCCCGCUCUGUUCAAGAUGGAUGAGAAACGCCAGGCCAGAGCCUACUUCCCAAAUAUGGUGAACAUGAUUGUGCUGGACAAGGACCUGGGCAUCCCUAAGCCGUUCGGGCCCCAGGUGGAGGAGGUAUGCUGCCUGGAGACACACGUGCGCUCCCUGCUGGAGCCCCUGGGCCUCUGCUGCACCUUCGUGGAUGACAUUUCGGCCUACCACAAGUUUCUGGGCGAAGUCCACUGCGGCACCAACGUCCGCAGGAAGCCCUUCGCCUUCAAGUGGUGGCACAUGGUACCCUGAUCUCAGGGGGCUGCCGUGUGCGGGUCUCAGCUCACCCAUAACCCGUAUCGUGGCUGGGCCCGCCCUCGUGGUUCUUUACGAUCACAAGAUACCCUUCGGCAGUAACUGUCAGGAAACUUUAGGAUUAUUACCUGCGGGACGGCACACUUGGGGCCACAUAGCGAGGUCACAGGGAGAGAGAGACCACACAGGCCUGGGGUUCUGCUUUUCUUGGGGGGGGUCGAGGGUGGGGGCCUAGGGUUUUGCGGGCUUGCUCCUAUUGGUGAGCUUAAAACAUAAGAGCUGGAAUUUAAAGCACAGGAAGAGGGAAAUCCAGGGGCCCAGAUGGUCAGCUAUAGAAACCAACCAAAUCUAAAACAAAGGAGCCUGGGGGAGGAAGAAGCCUGGCUUUUUAUCUAGUCCUGUGGCUGGCAAUAUGCCUAUUGCAGAUAGCCUUCUCUAAAGUGGCUACCUCAGCAAUCAAAGCUUAAGUCAGGCACUUGAGCCACCGAAGAGAAAACCCAACUGUCAGGGCUUACACUACAGGUGCCUUGACAAUUCCCUCCUCCCUUCCUUCUCCAGACUCCUUGAACCCCCCAGAGCUUCCCCUUGCCCGGCAGGGACUUGACAAGGAUUCUGUCCCACUGGCAGCAAGAGGUGAGGAAUCUGGGAUAUCUGUACCUUGUCAUCUCUCAGAAGGGCCCUAGCAUCCACCCAAACCACCCUGGUGAGCCUCAACUCUGUCCUUCCUGAAAACAGCCGUGCGCUUGGCCAGUGUCUGUAUAACCCUGAUACGAAAAACAAAAAAGAAAACCAAAACCCUGUACCCAAAUCAUUCCCCCAAAGAGUCCUUAGUCUCUUGUCCAAAAUUGAAAGAGGGGAGAAGGGAAGGAGGUUCUGGAGGCUCUGGGAUCACCAGUUCUGGUAGCCAUGCCCUGAAGGUCAAGUUAGAUCCUAUGGAAAGGGACCCUGGCCCCCCCACCAGACAUACCUUGAACUGCUGACAUCAUUUCAAAUUCAGCUCUCUUGGGGUGUCCAGGUGGCUGCCUCCAAUUAGUCAUUCCUUCCCUGCCUCGCUCCGAUCCCCUUGGCUUUCUCUCUGCAGUGUAGACGCCAUUGACUAGCUUCCCUAUUCCCUGAGGGUCCAAUCGUUUACCUUAGAACCUUCCCUGGAAGCGGAUUUUAUCAGAACAGCCUUCUCCAUUUUCAAGAUGCUCCUUAUACCUCGUCUUUCUGAUGGACACAGGCUCCCCCAAGUGCUUGAUCCCCCCACACCAGCAUCCUUGUGCCCAAGAGUGCACUGCGUGAAGACACCUGGGCUCCACCAUAGCCUUCUGCUGCCUGGCUCUCCAGUCUCUGGGCAACCCCUGACCUCCCUCCUCUCCUGCCUCUACUUCCUAUUCCUGACGCCAUCCCUCCAGGCAGCUAGACAAGGACUUUUUCACCACCAGCCAAGCUCAGCCCUGCCCCCCAGGGUACAGUGAAGGACCCACCUGUCCUCCCCAGAUCUUAGACUCAACGUGUAAGGACCUGGCCCGGCCUCCAGCCGAACAGCCAGUUCUGGGCCAGCAGCUGGCCUCAGACGGACCGUCUGUCCCAUGGAAGUUCACCAGUGCAUUUGCUGAGCAACCACUAAUUUGGACACAACUAGAUUAAUUCCCUGGCUCCAACCAAAAAGACUCAGUUUCA